GUGUUUUCACUUUUGUUUUCACRCAAACAUUUUCUCAAGAAAGUUAAAAUUUAUCAGAAGAAAAACACAUUCAAUUGCAGGCAUCAAUAAUCUGCAUGCAGCCAGUUUAUAUUAUUUACUUGUAAUAUAAAGUAAAGGCUGGUAAUGGACCUCUAAGAGCUAGAGAUCCUAAGAGGGAUGCUAUGUAUAUUUGUAGUAUUAAGCAAAGGCAUGCAGACUGAGAAUGGAAUUAUGAAGCAAAUCAGAAAAUUCCAAAAGUUUUUGGAGUUAUCAACUCAAACAUUAGAUGUGAUUUUCAUGAUAAAAGCAUAAAUCGGUAUGCGUAGCGCUGUACUUCAAAGAUCACCGGAUGUCAAUCACGAUUUGAGUCCGUAUCAUCAAUGAUAUGGUCUCCAUAGAAACGCGUACCGCUGAUCAAUAUGUAAAUAAUUAGCUUGCUCGAGCUGAUAAAACUUACUAGUAAAUGCGUAAACUAGGGAAGGAAGGCAAUUUAUGUUUAUUGUAUCAUCCAUGCCAUCUGAGUAUCAUCUAAAUUGAUKAUGUUGAAGGAAUCAGACGUGCGAUCACUGCUAAAUGAGCAACGAGUUUGUUUACUUUUCUGACAUAUUUGAUUCGAAGUCGAAUCCUAAAACAUCCUUCCUCCGUGACUGAAUGGAAACGUUAUUCUGUUGAAUUUGUAAGUUUUUAUAACUUAAAAUAAGCUAUGAGUGAUACGGCUUUGGAGAGCAUUUGUGUCACUGGCUCCCGUCCUCCUUACAAGACGCCGGCCUGGAUUAUCGGCGAGGUAGCAGAAGAMCUUCGAGCGCAAACUUCGCACGCGAAAUUUCGACAAACAGACACUAAUAGAAAGACACAACUGAGACCUAAAUCUACUCCAAGCCGACUUAAUGUUAGUUUUAGAGAUAACAAAUCAGCAAGAUGUGCUAGGUUUGGUCAAGUUUUUAGUGCAAAAUGCAGAAAAUCUUUAGAUGACCCUCCACCUGAGGAGUCCUCAAUUGUUCUUUCACCUGGUUACUUGCUGUCAAGAUCAAGAGAGAAAAUUAAUGUUACAAUAAACACUGACGAUUUCUUCAAUGAACAGAAGGAAGAAAAUCAACGUCGGAAAAGGUCCAAGAGGCCAGAUGAAAGGGAUACCAGAAUAAGUCAGUUAGUAAAACAAGUUGACGAAUUGACUCUUCUGUUAGAAGAAGAACGACUCAAYCAUAAGUUUGCUACGAAACAGAAUAAAGAAGAAAAUAUGAAGUUUCUUGAUAAGAUUCACCAGGAACAUCGUGAGCACAUCAUGUCUAUCGAAAAAGAUCACGAAGAUGAAAUUGAAAAACUUACCAAAGAAUUCGAACAGAAAAUUCAAGACCAACAAAGAAUUGGUGAAGCUGAGAAAGCACGCAUUGAAAGUCAGCUAGAAACAUUGCAAGGAUCAUUUGAAUCUUACAAGGAAACGGUGGCUACUGAAAUGGACUACAAAUGGCAAAGACGGGAGAGCGAAGUCAAGCACGAAUGCGAAAAGCAAACAGAAGAAGCGAUAUCUGAACUGAGAAAAGAGCUUUUGCACGAAAAGAACACGGAGAUUGAAGGAAUAAAUAAAGAACAUCAACGACAAAUUCAGAUUUUAGUCGCGGACCAUGCAAAAGAAGUCGAUCGAUUGAUGGAAAAGUUCGCUGAAUGUAUCCAAGACUCUGAAACACUUAAGAAGACUUUGACAGAAAUGAAGACAAUGAUGCAAGAAAAUGCAGAUUUCAAGGAAAAAUUAAAAACUACAACAGAGAAGUUAAAGAAAACACAAGCUGAACUCGAAAACAAGAAAGUAAAACUUGCUGGUUAUGAAGAACACUUUGCUGAAAAGGUUGCAGAAGUUGACAAUAAGUACUCAAUGCGCAUGCACGGACUUAUGACAGACAACACGGACUUGAGACAUCAUUACAUGAAGAAAUGUGAAGAAGUGCUUCGACUUUAUUCAAAAGAGGAAACCAAGCAGGCUGGUUCACUGAGGACUGCAAAGGACACAAUGCAGGCAAUAAUCAUGGCAAGAACAAGAACAAAUGUCAGCUUGGCUGCUUUAAGAGUAGAUCCAAAACCUCUAGAAAGCCAACCUCCUGAAACCAAACGAACCCAACGGCUAAAACGACGAAAAAGUCUUCCCACAACACAAGAAGAAAUUUCUGCUGCACUGCGCCAAACGGCCGCAGUAGAAACUCCUUUAUUCGACGCAAAAGAGCCCACUUUGGCUGAACUUGGAGCGUCUCAAAGACAACAGCGACCCCAUACAUCAACGCAUUUCGCAAAACAGACAAGUCCCAGGGCGGCACCUUGUAGUGCGCGCGUCGGGGGAAGAGAGAGAUUUUAUUUGACAAAAGUUGACGUUUCUGAACAGGGAAUCGAUAGUCUGGCUUCGCGAAGGCGCUAAAUUUAAAAAAAAACUAAAGAAAUAUGAAGCGAGAAAUUCCAUCUCAAAACUGGAUGAAAUAAUCGAGUUUUAUUCGCCACAGAAGAAUUGAAAUCAUCGAUGAAUGAAUAUGCAGUCCUCGAGAUGCAGUCGAACUGACAUGAUGAUUGAACUUUCGUAUCAUCUGAACUUGAUGUAUAGAUCUAUUGCAAACUUGCAGUACGGCAACAAAUCUUUUUCAAUUUCAAACAUUUUAAGCUAUAAAAAAAUUAUAUUUUUUUAAAUUUUUAAAAGAGCAAAACAUAUAGCUCUUCGAUCUCAUGGCCUACGAAGCGGAAUAUUUUCUGCUACUCCAUAAAGACAGAAUUAUAGUAAUGUUUUAGAGGCCCACGUGCAUCCAUGAACCUUUGCGCGACUUUCAUAUACCAAAAUUCGCCAUCUUUAAAUUUUGAACCAAUCAGAAAGCAACUUUCUACAAUACGCUCAUUUGCAAAACAAGAGAAACGAUUGCAAAGGUGAUUAUUACAUCGGGUGAAUUGACACCACUGUUUCUUACUUUUCUUAUGUUGCGAUAUAUUUAUAACUGGUUUGUACCUCCGUUUAGUGAUAAUUUUUGUUAAGAAAAUUAAAGAAGACUUUAAUUUAUCAA